GCUGAACAAUAGAGACAGGCAGACGGGUGAGGAGGAGAGCCAGCUGCCGCCGCUGAGGGAGAGCGGGCGCCCAGGCAGCUCGUACCCCGGCCCCGGCCAGACCGCAGGCGGCCAGCGCCCCCGGGGAAGGGGGACCAUGGGGGAGCCGGCAGCAGGCGCCCCCAGCCCGCCGCGCGCCUCUGCCUGAGGGAGCCUCGGCGUCCUCUGCCCUAGCCCUGCCACCCCGGCCGGCCGCCCGCCCUUGAAGCCCGGUGUCCUCCGGGUCUGCGGCCGCGGCCGCUGCGCCCCGCGCCCUCCGCCCACAGGGCGCCGAGCAGCCCUCGGCCCCAGGCUUCGCCGGCCCCCGGCUGCCCGCGGACGCCCUCCCCCAGUCAUGAACCCCCCGGAGGGGGCAGCGGAGGAAGGAGGAGCCGCCGACUCGGACGUGGACGCCUUUUUCCGGACAGGGUCUUUUCGGAAUGAUGGUUUGAAAGCUUCUGAUGUCCUUCCCAUCCUAAAGGAAAAAGUGGCCUUCGUGUCUGGGGGCCGUGAUAAGCGAGGUGGACCAAUCCUGACCUUCCCUGCUCGCAGCAAUCAUGACAGAAUAAGACAGGAAGACCUGAGGAAACUCGUGACCUAUCUGGCCAGUGUGCCAAGUGAGGACGUGUGCAAACGUGGCUUCACCGUCAUCAUCGACAUGCGAGGCUCCAAGUGGGACCUCAUCAAGCCCCUCCUCAAGACGCUGCAGGAAGCCUUUCCAGCCGAGAUCCAUGUGGCCCUCAUCAUCAAACCCGACAACUUCUGGCAGAAACAGAAGACCAACUUUGGCAGCUCCAAAUUCAUCUUCGAGACGAGCAUGGUGUCCGUGGAGGGCCUCACGAAGCUGGUGGACCCCUCCCAGCUGACAGAGGAGUUUGACGGCUCCCUGGACUAUAACCAUGAGGAGUGGAUCGAGCUGCGGCUCUCCCUGGAGGAGUUCUUCAACAGUGCCGUGCAUCUGCUGUCGCGCCUCGAGGACCUGCAGGAGAUGCUGGCCCGCAAGGAGUUCCCCGUGGACGUGGAGGGCUCGCGGCGGCUCAUCGACGAGCACACACAGCUCAAGAAGAAGGUGCUCAAGGCCCCUGUGGAGGAGCUGGACCGGGAGGGGCAGCGGCUGCUGCAGUGCAUCCGCUGCAGCGAUGGCUUCUCAGGGCGCAACUGCAUCCCGGGCAGCGCCGACUUCCAGAGCCUGGUGCCCAAGAUCACCAGCCUCCUGGACAAGCUGCACUCCACCCGGCAGCACCUGCACCAGAUGUGGCACGUGCGCAAGCUCAAACUGGACCAGUGCUUCCAGCUGCGGCUCUUCGAGCAGGAUGCUGAAAAGAUGUUCGACUGGAUAAGCCACAACAAGGAGUUAUUCCUCCAGAGCCAUACAGAGAUUGGAGUCAGCUACCAGCACGCCCUGGACCUCCAGACGCAGCACAAUCACUUCGCCAUGAACUCCAUGAACGCCUAUGUCAACAUCAACCGCAUCAUGUCCGUGGCUUCCCGCCUCUCAGAGGCCGGCCACUACGCCUCGCAGCAAAUCAAGCAGAUCUCCACGCAGCUGGACCAGGAGUGGAAGAGCUUCGCGGCUGCUCUGGAUGAGCGCAGCACCAUCCUCGCCAUGUCUGCUGUGUUCCAUCAGAAGGCUGAGCAGUUCCUGUCGGGAGUGGACGCCUGGUGCAAGAUGUGCAGCGAAGGUGGCCUGCCGUCUGAGAUGCAGGACCUGGAGCUGGCGAUCCACCACCACCAGUCCUUGUAUGAGCAGGUGACCCAGGCCUACACAGAGGUCAGCCAGGAUGGCAAAGCGCUGCUGGAUGUGCUGCAGCGUCCCCUGAGUCCCGGGAACUCCGAGUCCCUCACGGCCACAGCCAACUACUCCAAGGCAGUGCACCAGGUGCUGGACGUGGUGCAUGAGGUGCUGCACCACCAGCGGCGGCUCGAGAGCAUCUGGCAGCACCGCAAGGUGCGGCUCCACCAGCGGCUGCAGCUCUGCGUCUUCCAGCAGGACGUCCAGCAGGUGUUAGACUGGAUCGAAAACCACGGCGAGGCCUUUCUCAGCAAGCACACAGGGGUCGGGAAGUCUUUGCAUCGAGCCCGGGCCCUGCAGAAGAGGCACGAUGACUUUGAAGAGGUGGCUCAGAAUACUUACACCAAUGCGGACAAGCUCCUAGAAGCGGCAGAGCAGCUGGCUCAGACAGGGGAAUGUGACCCGGAGGAGAUCUACAAGGCGGCUCGGCAUCUGGAGGUGCGCAUCCAAGACUUCGUGCGUAGGGUGGAGCAGCGGAAGCUUCUGCUGGACAUGUCCGUCUCCUUCCACACUCACACCAAAGAGCUGUGGACAUGGAUGGAAGACCUUCAGAAGGAGAUGCUGGAGGAUGUCUGUGCAGACUCAGUGGAUGCGGUCCAGGAACUGAUCAAGCAGUUCCAGCAGCAGCAGACCGCUACUCUGGAUGCCACACUCAACGUCAUCAAGGAGGGCGAAGACCUUAUCCAGCAGCUCAGGUCAGCGCCUCCCUCCCUGGGGGAGCCCAGCGAGGCCAGGGACUCGGCUGUGUCCAGCAACAAGACGCCCCACAGUAGCUCCAUCAGCCACAUCGAGUCGGUGCUGCAGCAGCUCGACGACGCCCAGGUGCAGAUGGAGGAGCUGUUCCAUGAGCGAAAGAUCAAGCUGGACAUCUUCCUGCAGCUGCGCAUCUUUGAGCAGUACACCAUUGAGGUGACGGCAGAGCUAGAUGCCUGGAAUGAGGACUUGCUUCGGCAGAUGAAUGACUUCAACACGGAGGAUCUGACGCUGGCGGAGCAGCGGCUGCAGCGCCACACAGAGCGGAAGCUAGCCAUGAACAACAUGACCUUCGAGGUCAUCCAGCAGGGCCAGGAUCUGCACCAGUACAUCAUGGAGGUCCAGGCCUCAGGAAUUGAGUUAAUCUGUGAAAAAGACAUUGAUCUGGCAGCCCAGGUGCAAGAGCUAUUGGAGUUUCUCCAGGAGAAGCAGCACGAGUUGGAGCUCAACGCAGAGCAGACCCAUGAGCGGCUCGAGCAGUGUCUCCAACUGCGGCACCUCCAGGCGGAGGUCAGACAGGUCCUGGGAUGGAUCCGCAAUGGGGAGUCAAUGCUCAACGCCAGCCUGGUCAACGCCAGCUCUUUGUCGGAAGCAGAGCAGCUGCAGCGGGAACACGAGCAGUUCCAACUGGCCAUCGAGAAGACACACCAGAGUGCCCUGCAGGUACAGCAGAAAGCUGAGGCACUGCUCCAGGCUGGCCACUACGACGCGGACGCCAUCCGGGAAUGUGCCGAGAAGGUGGCCCUCCACUGGCAGCAGCUUAUGCUGAAGAUGGAAGACCGGCUGAAACUGGUCAAUGCCUCAGUGGCCUUUUACAAAACUUCUGAGCAGGUCUGUAGUGUCCUGGAGAGCUUAGAGCAAGAAUACCGGAGAGAUGAGGACUGGUGUGGUGGACGAGAUAAAUUGGGGCCAGCAGCAGAGAUCGACCACGUCAUCCCACUCAUCAGUAAACAUUUGGAACAAAAGGAGGCCUUUCUUAAGGCCUGCACCCUGGCACGGCGGAACGCUGAGGUCUUUCUCAAGUACAUCCACAGGAACAAUGUCAGCAUGCCCAGUGCCGCCAGUCACACCCGAGGACCCGAGCAGCAAGUGAAAGCCAUCCUGAGUGAGCUCUUACAGAGGGAGAACCGUGUCCUGCACUUCUGGACCUUGAAGAAGCGGCGGUUAGACCAGUGCCAGCAAUACGUGGUGUUUGAGCGAAGCGCCAAGCAGGCGCUGGACUGGAUCCAAGAAACAGGUGAAUAUUACCUCUCAACACAUACCUCCCCGGGGGAGACCGCAGAGGAGACUCAGGAGCUGCUGAAGGAAUAUGGAGAGUUCAGGGUGCCUGCCAAGCAAACAAAGGAGAAGGUGAAACUCCUGAUUCAGCUGGCCGAUAGCUUUGUGGAAAAAGGCCACAUUCAUGCCACAGAGAUCAGGAAAUGGGUGACCACGGUGGACAAGCAUUACAGAGAUUUCUCCUUGAGGAUGGGAAAGUACCGGUACUCUCUGGAGAAAGCCCUUGGAGUCAACACAGAGGAUAACAAGGACUUGGAGCUGGAUAUCAUCCCAGCAAGCCUUUCAGAUCGUGAGGUCAAGCUCCGGGAUGCCAACCAUGAGAUCAAUGAAGAGAAGCGGAAAUCAGCCCGGAAGAAAGAAUUCAUUAUGGCAGAACUGCUUCAGACAGAGAAGGCUUAUGUGAGGGACUUACACGAGUGCUUAGAGACCUACCUAUGGGAAAUGACCAGUGGUGUGGAGGAGAUCCCCCCUGGGAUCCUUAAUAAGGAGCAUAUCAUCUUUGGCAACAUCCAGGAGAUCUACGAUUUUCAUAACAACAUCUUCCUCAAAGAGCUGGAGAAGUAUGAGCAGCUGCCUGAGGAUGUGGGACACUGCUUUGUUACCUGGGCAGACAAAUUUCAGAUGUACGUCACCUACUGUAAAAACAAGCCUGACUCCAACCAGCUGAUCCUGGAGCACGCAGGCACCUUCUUUGAUGAGAUACAGCAGCGGCACGGUCUGGCCAACUCCAUCUCUUCCUACCUAAUUAAGCCCGUCCAGAGGAUCACUAAGUACCAGCUGCUCCUGAAGGAACUUUUAACUUGCUGUGAAGAAGGGAAAGGGGAGCUCAAGGAUGGCCUGGAGGUGAUGCUCAGCGUCCCAAAGAAAGCCAAUGAUGCCAUGCACGUCAGCAUGCUGGAAGGGUUCGACGAGAAUCUGGACGUGCAGGGGGAGCUGAUUCUGCAGGAUGCCUUUCAAGUGUGGGACCCCAAGUCGCUGAUCCGGAAGGGGCGCGAGCGACACCUGUUCCUCUUUGAGAUCUCCUUAGUUUUCAGCAAGGAGAUCAAAGACUCUUCAGGACACACAAAAUAUGUUUACAAGAACAAGCUACUGACCUCAGAGCUGGGUGUGACGGAGCACGUAGAGGGCGAUCCCUGCAAAUUCGCCUUGUGGUCUGGGCGCACCCCAUCCUCAGACAAUAAAACAGUGCUGAAAGCCUCCAACAUAGAAACCAAGCAGGAAUGGAUCAAGAACAUACGCGAGGUGAUUCAGGAGAGGAUCAUCCACCUGAAAGGAGCUUUGAAGGAGCCAAUCCAGCUCCCCAAAACACCAGCCAAACAGAGGAACAAUAGUAAGAGGGAUGGAGUAGAGGAUGUUGACAGCCAGGGGGAUGGGAGCAGCCAGCCAGACACCAUCUCCAUUGCCUCUAGGACCUCUCAGAACACAGUGGACAGUGACAAGCUCUCUGGCGGCUGUGAGUUGACCGUGGUCCUCCAGGACUUCAACGCAGGCCACAGCAGCGAGCUGAGCAUCCAGGUGGGACAGACAGUGGAACUGCUGGAGCGGCCGAGCGAACGGCCGGGCUGGUGUCUGGUCCGCACCACAGAACGGAGUCCCCCACAGGAGGGCCUGGUCCCCAGCAGCGCCCUGUGCAUCUCCCACUCCCGAAGCAGCGUGGAGAUGGACUGCUUCUUCCCCUUGGUGAAAGAUGCGUACUCUCAUUCAAGUGAAAACGGAGGCAAGUCCGAGUCGGUGGCCAACCUGCAGGCCCAGCCCUCCCUGAACUCCAUCCACAGUUCCCCUGGGCCCAAGCGCUCCACCAACACCCUGAAGAAGUGGCUGACGAGUCCCGUGCGGCGGCUCAACAGCGGGAAGGCAGACGGAAACAUCAAGAAGCAGAAGAAAGUACGAGACGGUCGGAAGAGCUUCGACCUGGGAUCUCCCAAGCCUGGGGAUGAGACGACCCCUCAGGGAGACAGCGCUGACGAGAAGAGCAAGAAAGGUUGGGGUGAGGAUGAGCCAGACGAAGAGUCACACACACCCCUCCCUCCGCCUAUGAAGAUCUUUGACAACGACCCCACGCAGGACGAGAUGAGUCUGGAAGGAGGCUCGUACCGGGGGAGCUUGAAAGACCCCACAGGCUGCCUGAAUGAGGGCAUGACCCCACCCACACCUCCUAGAAACCUGGAAGAAGAACAGAAAGCCAAGGCCCUGAGAGGCAGGAUGUUUGUCCUGAAUGAACUGGUACAGACAGAGAAAGACUAUGUGAAGGAUCUGGGGAUUGUGGUAGAGGGCUUCAUGAAGAGGAUAGAAGAAAAGGGUGUCCCUGAGGACAUGCGAGGAAAGGAUAAAAUCGUGUUUGGAAAUAUUCACCAGAUUUAUGAUUGGCAUAAGGAUGUUUUCCUGGGUGAACUGGAAAAAUGUAUCCAGGAGCAAGACAGACUGGCACAGCUCUUUAUUAAAUAUGAGCGGAAGCUGCACAUCUACGUGUGGUACUGCCAGAAUAAGCCGCGCUCCGAGUACAUCGUCGCCGAGUACGACGCCUACUUUGAGGAGGUGAAACAGGAGAUAAAUGAAAGGCUGACACUUAGCGACUUCCUUAUCAAGCCCAUUCAGAGAAUAACAAAGUAUCAGCUGCUCCUCAAGGACUUCCUGAGAUACAGCGAGAAGGCUGGUUUGGAGUGUUCUGAUAUCGAGAAAGCAGUGGAGUUAAUGUGCCUUGUUCCAAAACGCUGCAACGACAUGAUGAAUCUGGGGCGCCUGCAGGGCUUUGAGGGCACCCUGACCGCUCAGGGCAAGCUGCUGCAGCAGGAUACGUUCUACGUGAUUGAGCUGGAUGCCGGCAUGCAGUCACGGACCAAGGAGAGGCGCGUGUUCCUCUUUGAGCAAAUUGUCAUCUUCAGUGAACUGCUCAGGAAGGGAUCCCUCACCCCAGGCUACAUGUUCAAAAGGAGCAUCAAGAUGAAUUACUUGGUCCUGGAGGAGAACGUGGACAGUGACCCCUGCAAGUUUGCACUCAUGAACAGGGAGACUUCGGAGAGGGUCAUCCUGCAAGCCGCCAACGCUGAUAUCCAGCAGGCCUGGGUGCAGGAUAUCAACCAAGUCUUGGAAACACAGCGAGACUUCUUAAAUGCCCUACAGUCGCCCAUUGAAUAUCAGCGGAAAGAAAGGAACACAGCUGUGAUGAGGUCCCAGCCUGCUAGGGUUCCCCAAGCCAGCCCCAGGCCUUACUCCUCCAUCCCCGUGGGCUCCGAGAAGCCCCCAAAGGGCUCCAGCUGUAACCCGCCUCUGCCACCCCUGAAGAUAUCUACCUCCAAUGGCAGUUCGGGGUUUGACUACCACCAGGCUGGGGACAAGUUUGAGGCCAGCAAGAGCGACCUGGGAGGCUGCAAUGGGGUCUCAUCCAUGGCCGUGAUCAAAGAUUACUAUGCACUGAAGGAGAACGAAAUCUGUGUGAGCCAAGGUGAGGUGGUCCAGGUCCUUGCCAUCAACCAGCAGAACAUGUGCCUGGUGUACCAGCCCGCCAGCGACCACUCCCCCGCCGCCGAGGGCUGGGUCCCGGGCAACAUCCUGGCACCCCUCACCAAAGCCACAGCAGCCGCAGAAAAUAGUGACGGGAGCAUCAAGAAGUCAUGUUCAUGGCAUACUCUACGCAUGAGAAAGCGGGUGGAAGUGGAGAACACGGGUAAAAGUGAAGCCACAGGGCCUCGUAAACCCAAGGAUAUUCUGGGCAACAAAGUCUCUGUUAAAGAGACGAACAGUUCCGAGGAGUCAGAGUGUGAUGACCUUGACCCUAAUACUAGCAUGGAGAUCUUAAAUCCAAAUUUCAUCCAAGAAGUGGCGCCAGAAUUCCUCGUGCCAUUAGUGGAUGUGACCUGCUUGCUUGGGGACACAGUGACACUGCAGUGCAAAGUCUGUGGGCGGCCAAAGCCCACCAUCACCUGGAAGGGUCCAGACCAGAACAUCCUUGACACUGACAACAGCUCAGCUACGUACACGGUCUCCUCCUGUGAUUCCGGGGAAAUCACCCUCAAAAUCUGCAAUCUGAUGCCCCAAGACAGCGGUAUUUAUACCUGCGUAGCAGCAAACGACCACGGCACCACGUCAACGUCUGCUACCGUUAAAGUGCAAGGUGUUCCAGCGGCCCCUAACCGCCCCAUUGCCCAGGAGAGAAGCUGCACCUCUGUGAUUCUCCGCUGGCUGCCCCCAUCCAGCACGGGAAACUGCACUAUUUCUGGUUACACUGUGGAGUACAGAGAGGAAGGUUCCCAGGCCUGGCAGCAGUCGGUAGCGUCGACCUUGGACACUUACCUUGUCAUUGAGGACCUCAGUCCUGGGAGUCCUUAUCAGUUCAGAGUCAGUGCCAGUAACCCCUGGGGGAUCAGCCUUCCCAGCGAGCCCUCAGAGUUCGUGCGACUUCCAGAAUACGAUGCUGCAGCUGAUGGUACCACCAUUUCUUGGAAGGAAAACUUUGAUUCAGCUUAUACGGAGCUGAAUGAAAUUGGAAGAGGCCGGUUCUCCAUAGUAAAGAAGUGCAUUCACAAAGCUACUCGCAAAGAUGUCGCUGUGAAAUUUGUUAGCAAAAAAAUGAAGAAAAAAGAGCAGGCUGCCCACGAGGCUGCCCUACUUCAGCACCUGCAGCAUCCCCAAUACAUCACUCUCCAUGACACCUAUGAGUCCCCCACUUCCUACAUCCUGAUUUUGGAACUGAUGGAUGACGGCCGACUCUUAGACUACCUUAUGAAUCAUGAUGAGCUGAUGGAAGAAAAAGUAGCUUUCUACAUACGAGACAUCAUGGAAGCCCUGCAGUACCUUCACAACUGCAGGGUUGCACAUUUGGACAUAAAGCCUGAAAACCUGCUCAUUGACCUUCGGAUUCCAGUGCCUCGCGUGAAGCUCAUUGACUUAGAGGAUGCUGUCCAGAUCUCAGGUCACUUCCACAUCCACCACCUGCUUGGGAACCCUGAGUUUGCUGCCCCAGAGGUGAUCCAAGGCAUCCCUGUGUCCCUGGGCACUGAUAUCUGGAGCAUCGGGGUUUUGACAUAUGUCAUGCUGAGCGGGGUCUCCCCUUUCUUGGAUGAGAGCAAGGAGGAGACAUGUAUCAACGUAUGCAGGGUGGAUUUCAGCUUCCCCCAUGAGUACUUCUGUGGCGUGAGCAAUGCUGCCAGAGAUUUCAUCAAUGUGAUCCUACAGGAAGACUUUCGGAGGCGGCCCACGGCAGCCACCUGCCUGCAGCACCCAUGGCUGCAGCCCCACAAUGGCAGCUACUCCAAAAUCCCCCUGGACACCUCCCGCCUGGCGUGCUUCAUAGAGCGCCGCAAGCACCAGAACGACGUUCGGCCUGUUCCCAACGUCAAGAGCUACAUUGUCAACCGGGUAAACCAAGGGACGUAGCCGUCUCCCAGCCCUCGAGGUUUCACAUGGAAGUGCAGUGUGAACCAAAGCAAGACUGAAUGUGUCUGUAAAUAAUUCUGUUCAUGAUUUCACUCCACGCGGUUUUCUGGAUGGAGAGAUGUACCUCUUAAACCUCCUCAGUGGUUUUUCAGGGUCUGAGCAGCAGUCAAAUCACCCUAAGUCCAGGGACUUUUCAGAAGGUCAUCCAGAAGGGAUACAGAUGCAAAGAGUCACGGAAAGUAUUCAAAAGAGAGGCAAAGAUAAGAAGAAUAGCAGCUGUUAUGAAAUUUUAAUUGCGUGUUCCAAAAUGAGUGGUUAACUGGGCAAAACUUCGGCUCACUGAAGUGAGUAUAAAACGUUUCCGCCUUGGCUGAAAUUUUAAGCAAAAAGUUCUAUUUAACAGAGAUGUCAUGUAUGUCAACUAUACUGGAUUAGAUUACUUAGAUAUAGUUUCUUAAUAGGAUACAUGUACACAUACGGUAAAAUAUAUCGCAUCCAGCUUUCAGAGUUUUAUAAUAUAGAGAUAUAUAUGAAAUCAAUCGUAAGUAACUUUGAGUACUCCAGGUAAGACAGUGACUUAUUUACUGAAGCAUUACAUUGUUUUGACUAAGCACAAUUAGAUGACAGGUUUUUUAGAGCAUUUUAUAAAUCUUGUAUAGAACUCUUUUACCAGAACCUGUGCAUUAAGAGAAAGCAAUGUUACCCUUUCGCAAUCUGUGAAUGAGAAGAUUUUUCUCUCCGUCACAGGUAUUUGACUAACCUAGGUUCUGUUUAUGAAAUGCUAUCCCCAGAUUCACUGGCAGCUCAGAGUUCAUCUGGCAGGAAAGCCUGCCAGGAAAUAAGUCCAAAUACAGUAAGAGGUGUGGGGCUAUUUUUUAUGUCUACACUGGGUUUCAAAUAGGUAACAAAUAAAACAGGUUCAUACAGAAGUGCAAAUAGAAACCUUUCCUACAGUUCCUGUGAACAACAUAACAAUGCUUUCUGAUGUUUUCUGCCGCUGCAGAAUGCAGUCCUCUGAAAGCUGGCCUGCUUUAUUUCUAACCCCUUAUGGAAGUGAAGGGGUGCUUACGAAAAGGAGGCAGCCAUAUAGGCCUCUUAAAGGCCUGGUCCCAAGUCCUUUCUGAAGCCAUGGACUAAAAUCUGAUACAUCACCCUAGCAGAGCAUUGAGUUUUAACUGUGAUUGCAAUAUCUAUCACCUCUCAGCCACCAAUAUUUCCCUGGGCUAAAAGGACUAAUUGCACUUUGAGGCCAACACUGCUUUCUGGUGUAUAUUCUCUGUACAAGAUGAUUAUGAACUGCCCUUUUUUCCACUGGUGGGAAAAAAAAAUUAAACCUGGGCAUUUCAUGGCUUUUUCUUCCUUUCUUUUGUUUUUUUUUGGUUUUUUUUUUUUUUAGUUUUGGGGAAAGAGUUUUUGUGUUUGUAUUUGUACGUGAUCCACCCUUUGUUUCCGAGAAUGUGUUUCCAAAAUUGCUGUUAUGCGAAUGAUAUUUUAAAAAUAUAACUUAACUGUUUGUCCAAAUCAGGUUUAAUGGCAUCGCUUCUCUCCUGUAGUAGGAUUGAGAAAAUUUCUGCUUGCACUCAGGAGUGCAAGCAGAAAAGUUUAUGAAGGAUAAAUAGAACUACAAACCAAUCUUAAUGAAGAGGAAUGGUGGAAACUAAGCCUGAACGUUAAUAUAUAAAAACACUUAUUCCCACAGUGGAAAUGUAGAAUUAAAAAUACUCAUCAUUCUUUUCCAUUGGUAACAAAGUCAAUUUCCUCAUCCACCCUCCACCUCAUCCCAUCCAAGAUUAUAGAUUAAUAAAUUAGUAGAAAGUACAAGCAAUAAGACUAGAUAGCACUUAUGUAUUUUCAGGAUUAACCAAAUAUGUGGAAACUGACUCCGACUGUAUUCGUUUCUUAGUUUUCAUAUGGCCCUGGGUCAUCAAGGCUCCCUUCCUCAGAGCUCUCUCUUGACUAACCCUUUAUAUUCUUCAUUCAAACCCAUAGGUAUAUACAAAUACUAUAUGAUACAAUAUUUUGAAAUUUAAAACAUAUUUACUAAAAACUCUUUUAGUAAAUAUGUCUUCAUUAUAAGAUACAACAUAAAAGAAGAAAGCCUGGUCCCUAGGGCACAUCAUGGGAUAGAUUACAGGCACUGAGGAUUCCAGAUAUCUGUACAGUAUGGCUUGGCGAGUUCUGUUCCAUCCACUGUGGAUGAGGAAUAAAGAGCUCCCUGCUGAGUCAUUGUGAAUUUUUAUGACCAUGUAGGAGACAAGCUUGAGUUUCUGCUUGAGAAGGACAAUGGUGUCCAGACUGCACAGGAGAGUGUUAAUGAAGUCGUGUUGUCAGGAGGGCAGUUGACAGAGUAUCAGGCAGAGCCAAAGCUUUUAUAACAGGUUUUACAUCAGAGUUGGGAUGGUCCAGAUGGGAGGUUGUUUGGAAUCUCCCCCAAGUACACAUGUUGGGGAAGUGAAGAGACAGGAGAGGAGGGACAGAGAAAUGAAAAGUAGUAUGACUUUGUUAACUGGACCCAAAGUACAAUCAUUAGAGUAGAAUGGUUUUAAUAGAGGCCCCAAAAGAAAGGGGGUAUAUUUUAUAUAGUCUGAUAACUGAAGAAAACUAACAAGCAGUCAUCCUAUCUGCAAAGCUCCUGGUCCUUCGCAACAGGGAUAAGAUGAUAGCAUUCCUGGUUCAAGAAUUCUCCAUAGCAAGCUGGAAAUAACAAGGAAUCCCAGAAGAUGGGGUUGGGAAAUACACUUUAGGUUGCUCUGUGGGCAACUGUGGUGAGGGAUGAAGGAUUAGGAACCACCUUCUUGUACCUAUUUUGACAGAGAUAUUUAUUAAUAGGAUAUAUGUACACAUACAGUAUUUGUGGUAGAGAAGAGGGGAGAGACAAGGAAAUAGUCCCCUUCUACUAUAAUUAUGGUAGUUCUUGCAAUCAAAACUUAACUAGGAAUUAGUAAGAGUGAACUUCCAGUUGAAAUGGGAAAAAUAAAUGUUGGUUAAGG